AUGGUGUCGCUCGCGGCGGACGCGAGUUUACUCGUGGUGCUGAAGCAGUUCAAGAAUCUUGUCUCCCGGCUUCUGGAGGGUGGGGAACGGGGCAGCGAGCAGCGACUCGAUCUGAGUGACGAGCAGGAUUGUGUGGCGUUAUCGGACAUGCUGGAGCUUUUGAAGCUGUUUGCGUCGGAGCCGAAGCGAAUAGGCUCGUCCUCAUCAUCUUCGUCCUCUUCCAGCAGAAAGAACAACACCAGCAGUAUUAAUUCUGGAGUAGAUAAACACGCCUACGCGAAGACGAUAUUCUACGAGUCUGAGGAGGCGAAACUGUUUCUCAAGCUCCUGGUUUCUGCAAGCACGAAUCAGGACGACUCGGGGACGACCAAUUUGAACGACCUGCUAUACAUUCGCGCGGACGUGUUUGCUCUGCUCGCGGUGCUCCACGAGUUUUUCCCGCGCCACCUGGAGGAAUCCCUGUUGCAAACUCCCUUGGUGUUUCAGGUCCUCCUGGAAACCCUGCAUCAGUCGAGCGCCUUCGUGCGCAACGAGUGCCUGAACUUUGUGAUUUCCUUACUCGAAGGCGACGAGAUGCUGCGCAUCACAAGGGGCACGAACCAGCAGAGCAGCAUGGUGGCGAACAUUUUAAUUAUGCAGGGGUUGUUUGAGUUCCUUCUGGGCGGCAGUGCAGGGAACCUCGGGCAACGACAAAUCCCGGACCUACAAGGGGGUUUUGACGAGGAGUUUCAACAGGACCACAGUGAUGACUCCGAGCCGCUUCUGUCCAUCGAAGCGUUGGAAGAGGCCAUGGCUGCGAGCGGCAAGUUGCAUCAGAGCGCCGCCCCGAUCCGCAUCUUGAUUCUCCUGCUCCAGACGGAACGGGGCUGCAAGUACCUCCGGGAAGCAGAUUUAGUGUCGCGACUGUGGAGCCUGUUCGGCCAGCACUUCCAGGCACAUUUGAAAGCUGUUUUUGAGGAGGAACUGAUGAACAGCUCGACGUCAGUAUCAAAUGGGACGUCAUCUGCGGGAAUGUACGGCGAGUCAACUAUGCACCGUCGCGAACGGUUCGCCGAGAACGUCUUGCAGCAAGGACUUGAGGCUUUGCAGCAGGAGUCUAGUUCUUGUGUUGGCCAGCACAGCAGGUCCGCUACUGCUGGGG